AGGGAGCGGGAGGUUGGGUUGCCGAUUGGUGAGGCGGCGCGGUGACCCCCCCACCCCCUACCCCGGGUGGGCGGCGGGAAGGGGGAAACGGGAACAACAACAACAACACCGGGAGCGACACCGGGAACAAGAACAACGGCAGCGAUGGCGGCGCCGCCCGCCGAGAGCGGCGCGGGGGAGCAGUGGCGCGCGGCCCUGCCGCAGCACGCGGUGCUCUGCCGCCUCCGCGAGCGCGCCCCCGCCGCCCCCGCCGCCGCGCGCCCCCCGCUCCUCCGCGACCUCCUGCUGGGGCAGGACGGGGACCUGCUGCUGUGGGACGGGGAGCGCGCGGCCCUGCGCGCCAUCGGCCUCCGCCGCCUCGGGGGGGCCGACCCCGCCGGGCUCAGCCGCUCGCAGACCCUCCUCUGCAUAAACCCACCCCUUUUUGAGGUCUACCAGACCCUGCUGAGCCCCACCCAGCAUCAUGUGGCCCUCAUUGGCACCAAGGGGCUCAUGGUGCUGGAGCUGCCCAAACGCUGGGGGAAGAAUGCUGAGUUUGAAGGUGGGAAAUCCACGGUGAACUGCAGCACUAUUCCUGUUGCAGAAAGGUUCUUCACCAGCUCAACAUCUCUGACUCUGAAGCAUGCUGCCUGGUACCCCUGCGAGACAGUAGAGCCCCACAUUGUGCUCUUGACUUCAGAUAAUACUAUAAGGUUUUACAGCCUGAAGGUGCCUCAGACUCCCACCAAAGUGAUUGCUCUUUCAGACACAGAGGAGGAGACUCUGACAAUCAAGAAAGGGAGAGCCUACACAGCAUCCCUGGGAGAAACCGCCGUGGCCUUUGACUUCGGCCCCCUGGUGUCCGUCCCCAGGAGCGCGGCGGGACAGCGAGGGAGUGAGGAGGUGCUGGCCUACCCGCUGUACAUCCUGUAUGAAAACGGAGAGACAUUCCUCACCUACACCAGCCUGCUGCACAGCACUGGAAAUCUUGACAAGCUGCUUGGCCCCCUGCCCAUGCAUCCUGCUGCAGAAGACAACUAUGGCUAUGAUGCCUGUGCUGUCCUGUGCCUGCCUUGUGUUCCAAACAUCCUGGUGAUUGCCACCGAGUCGGGAAUGCUUUAUCACUGCGUGGUGCUGGAUGGAGAAGAGGAUGAUGAGCAGUCAGAAAAGUCGUGGGACCCCAGAUCUGAUCUGAUUCCCUCCCUGUAUGUGUUUGAAUGUGUUGAGCUGGAACUCGCACUGAAACUGGCAUCAGGAGAGGAAGAAGAGCCCUGGGAGUCUGAUUUCUCUUGCCCAAUCAGGCUCCAUCGAGAUCCAAAAUGUCCCUCUCGUUACCACUGCACACAUGAAGCUGGUGUCCACAGUGUGGGGCUGCCCUGGAUCAACAAACUGCACAAGUUCCUGGGUUCAGAUGAAGAAGACAAAGACAGUUUACAAGAGCUGGGAGCAGAGCAGAAGUGCUUUGUUGAACAUAUUCUUUGUACAAAACCAUUGCCAUGCAGGCAACCUGCUCCCAUCAGAGGAUUUUGGAUUGUUUCUGACAUCCUGGGGCCCACCAUGAUCUGCAUCACAAACACCUACGAGUGCAUUACAAGGCCUCUCUUGAGCACAGUCCAUCCUGCAUCCCCUCCCCUGCUGUGCACCAGAGAAGACCCAGAGGUGGGUGUGUCCCCGCUGCGGAUCCUGGCCGAGUCCCAGCACUCCUUCGAGAAGCACAUCCGCAGCGUCCUGCAGCGCGGCUCUGCCAACCCCUGCCUGCUGAAGUCUGCUGAUAAGGAUGCUGCUCCUCCCCCUGAAGAAUGCCUUCAGCUUCUUAGCAGAGCCACCCAGGUGUUCAGAGAGGAGUACAUUCUGAAACAGGACCUGGCAAAAGAGGAAAUCCAGCAAAGAGUGAAGCUGCUGAGGGAACAGAAAAAGAAGCAACUGGAAGACCUUAACUACUGCCGAGAGGAAAGGAAAAGCUUGCGGGAGAUGGCGGAGCGCCUGGCUGACAAGUAUGAGGAAGCCAAAGAGAAGCAAGAAGAUAUCAUGAACAGGAUGAAGAAAGUACUGCGGAGUUUCCACUCUCGCCUUCCUGUUCUAUCAGACAGUGAAAGGUACAUGAGGAAAGAAUUGCAGACCAUACAUGACCAGCUGCAGCACCUCAGCAAUGCCAUCAGACAGGUGAAAAUGAAAAAGGAAUACCAGCAGAAGAAGAUGGAGAAGGGCACCAGCCCCCGAAAACCCAGCAUCACCCUCAGUGCCUACCAGAGCAAGUGCAUCCAAACCGUCCUGAAAGAAGAGGGGGAACUCAUAAGGGACAUGGUAAAACAGAUCAACGACAUCAGAACCCGUCUGAACUUCUGACACAUCCACACUGAGGACCCUACAGCAAAAGGCUGGACAAGCUUUAAGUUUCCCUGUUGGGUUUUUUUUUUUUUCUUCCCUUGGAUAUUUAACAUUUGUAUGUUGAACAAGAUACCUUUUACUUAGUAUUUUGUAAAGUUGGCUUGUUAAAACACUUUUGAGAAGA